CGUCCACCACGCGUGAGGUUAUCAGCAUCAACCUCGGCCAGGCUGGUUGCCAGAUUGCCAACUCCUGUUGGGAGCACUGCCUCGAGCACGGCAUCCAGCCCGAUGGUUACCUCACUGAGGAGCGCAAGGCUCAGGACCCCGACCAGGGUUUCAGCACCUUCUUCUCCGAGACUGGCCAGGGCAAGUAUGUCCCCCGCGCCAUCUACUACGACUUGGAGCCUAAUGUCGUCGACGAGGUCUGGACCGGUCCUUACCGCAAUCUGUUUCACCCGGAGAUGAUGAUCACCGGCAAAGAGGAUGCCUCCAACAACUACGCCCGUGGCCACUACACCGUCGGCAAGGAGCUGAUUGAGGGCGUGCUCGACAAGAUCUGCCGUGUUGCCGACAACUGCGUCGAUCUCCAAGGGCUUCCUCGUCUUCCACUCUUUCGAUGAUGGUACCCUCCCUGACAGAGCGCGUGUCCGUCGACUACGGCAAGAAGAACAAGCUCGAGUUC